AUGCAAUCUGCGCCAUCCACGACUUUUCCGAACGCUCCGAACCAACAAUCUCUCCCAGCCACCCAGCCAAACCCCGACCAACAUGGAAUCUACCCGUCAGGUUCUCUCCCUCCUCACCACUCCUUAUCAGGGUUUGGUGUCGAGAGUCCCACUUCUUCGCCAGCUGGAGAAGGAGAUGACCAGCCGAACGGACUCCCUAGCCGACAAGAGAAUGAAAAUAUCGGAGUACAGACCAAUGGAUCGGAGCCUACACAACUUCUGAGCUCGUCUCGUUCGUCGCCCGACCGAAAGGGCAAAUCAAUAGUAAACAAGAAAUUCAAGUGUCCCAAUGUUAAGGGCGAGAUUUAUAUCACUAGACUUCCAAAUGAGGUCCUUACACACACGUUAUCCUUCUUGGACCCUGUCUCGUUGACGAGCGUGUCUUUCGUCUCGCGACGUUUUCAUGCCCUCGUAACCUCGCCACAUGCCUGGAAAGAUGCCUUUUCUCGCUACUUUCCUCAGCAUAAUACUCAUUCGGGCUCGGAUGCUUACCCCGCAGCCGCUCGCUAUUUUACUCGGCUGUCCAACACAGGCACUCACCGUAGCGAGUAUAUUCUUAGGACUCAGCUGCUUCGUUCGCUCAAGCGAGGGCGACCGUACGUCAAUUCAGGGAUCAAGCCUAGUUCGUCGAACAAUCCGUCGAACUUCUCCAUGAUAACCUAUAAUCCGAAACUCCACGAAUCAACCAUCACCCAUCUGCAUGCCGAUUUCUCACGAAACAGAGUGAUUGCCGCUUCACAAUAUACAGGCUUAUACAGUUACUCGGAUCCGAGGACAGGCUAUGUUGAAGUUGAGCAGCGGGGGCAUCCGGGAUAUGCCUCCUUUGGGCUACAGUACAUAUCACCCGACGGAAUCGGUGCUCUGGACUUAUCCGAAUCGAGGGGACAAAUUAUAGGGGAUGCCAGGAUUGGCUUCCCUUCUUUCUUUGUAGAGAGGGCCAAUGGACCCCUCCCUCCGAUCAGAUUCGUUAAUGAGCAUGGCCCGGACGCCGCGAUCACUUGUACCUGGAUUUCGAAAAAGGAUACACUCGUGAACACAUCGGGGAACAGGAUUGUUAGUGCUAGUGGAAGUUCGAAGGGCGUUGUCCAGUUUCAGGAUUCCACAAAUAGAUGGAUGUCCUUCCUGAUUUGUCCUGGCAUCCCUAUUCUUGAAAUCCGCAUCGACGACGGGUAUACAAAGGCUCGAGAGCGCCGGAAUAGGAUCUGGUGCAUCGUUGUCAAUGCCCUCGGGGAAUUGUGGUACAUGAAAGGGAAACUGCCGAAUAGGUUGCUGGCGCUCGGUCGUAACAUGGGGGAACAGCCACAGCAGGAAUUUACGCCUUGGUAUUAUAUUCCAGCGACGAAGAAAGACGACUCACCUGUUGGAUUUGGCAUCCUUGCACCUGAAGUUGGUGCUCCGGAUAUGGAAAUUAUGCAAGAUCACAACACUUUGAUGCAUGCAGACCAAGACGUUAUGGCGGUCACGUAUUCCGACCAUUGGGGGCUUGACUACUUCGUCGAGGCCGAUUUUGGAGGACAGAACUUCAUAUUUGGCCGCAAAGGUGGUGAGGAGGGUCCGAACUCUAGCAAACAAAGGGCCGAGCUUGCCAAGUUCACUCGGGUUUUGGACAAUGUCCGGGAAGAGCUAAUCUCGGAAGUUUUUAUAAAAAAUGUCUAUGGCCGUGGGUACCACAAACAAGUAGAAGAACCUGUCCCUAGACCCUCUGAUGAGAUUGAACCGCCAGACGAAUGGCACAAACUGGAACUAUCAAUCCCAAAAAACACUAACAAAGACUGGGCAUUUAUCACGGCUAUCGCUAUCGAUAUGUCGAACCUAGCCCUGCUUUCACCAAAUGAAGAUUCGAUUCUCACCCGAACUAAAAACCAGCCGUCGACAUCAUCCCCCCUGAAGGUAGCCGGUCAGCUUUCUCGAUUGUUCGCAAUCGGAACAGAUACGGGGACUGUUCAUGUUUAUAAUGCACGUCACCCAAUCUCCUCUUCAAUCAUAUCCCUCCCUCCCUUGCACACUAUCUCCACGGCUUCUCCGUCUAUAUCUAGCCUCGCACUAUCAUCUCUCUACCUUGUUCAUGGCGGUACAGAUGGGCUGGUUCAGGCUUGGGACCCGCUCGUUUCGCUUUCUGAGCCUAUCAGGGCAAUUCAUAGCCGAUUCUCGACACGUGCAAGGCGCCGCUUAGCACAAGCUGCAACCUCGGUACACGGAAUUGGCGAGAACCAGUUCGCGGCCAGGUCUAUAUUCUUAGACCCGGAUGCAACACAACUGAGAGGAAUAGUUGCAUUAGGAACACAUAUCCGCAGCUGGAGUUUUAGCUCCUCAGUAGAAAAGGUUCAAGAAAACAGCAGUGCACGGCGGAGGAAAAAGAAUGCGAGAGCAGGUGGGAUUUCCCAUUUGAGUGGGCGAGGGAGAGGGACGAAUUCGCCGAAGACCCCGUUGGGCAGGGACAUCAUUGAUGAAAGGGAAAGAAUUCAGAAAAUUAAGUGGGAGGAUGAAAAGACAAAGACAAAAAUGGCGCAAAGAUUUGGAGUUGGGGAGGGUAUGACAGAAGAGGAGAUGAUUAUGUAUGCAAUGAUGAUUAGCGAGGAGUCAUUUGAGAAGGAAAGGGGUCUCGUGGGAAGCGGUGAAGAUUGUGGGGAGAGUAGCUUUGGAGGUGGAAGUUAUGGGGAAGGAUUUGGGGAUGGUGAGGAGGAAGUGUGGGUUUACAGUGAAAGCACUGGGGGCAGCGCUAGCGGAAGAGUUUCGGAAGGGUCUAGUAGUCCUGGAGGUUGGAUCGAAAAUGAACAGCCGGAACCCGAAAUCACCGGGACCACAAACGAUGACGAAGCCUUAGCGAAGGCGUUGCAGGAAUCCUUUGACCUAGAAAGUAACACUACGUCACCCGGUGGUUUGGAAAUUCCUAUCAAGUUCGCAAAGGGGAAAAAAGGCAAGGGAAAGGGAAAAGCGGCGAUUGUGGGUGUACCCGCUACUGACACUCCCGGGAGAAGUAGCAGAAGGGAAAGUGAUGACCAGUUCGACAGAGACUUAGAGUUGGCCAUUCAACUUAGUAUGAAAAACUGA